GAACAAAAGGUCACGUCGGUCCUCCCUCGACCUGGUAGCCCAGGCUCUGGGUUUACCCCCAUCGCCUCUGUCGUCUUCUUCUUUCUUCUCUCUGUUCGUUCAGUUCCAGAAAAGCGAAAUUGCUUGGAUCUGCUUUUCUCUUUCCUCUUCCCAAAGUUCAGGGAUAAGUUUUGGUGUUCUUCCCAUUAUAUAUUUUAGUAGGGAGAAGGAGAAGAGAGGAUGUCGAAUGGUCGGAACACCCAUUGGUGUUAUAGAUGCAGAAGUUCGGUACGUCCUCGAGGUAGAGAUGCAGUUUGCCCCAACUGCAAUGGAGGAUUUAUCCACGAACUUGAUGAUAUGGUGCAUGGAAACCCAUUUGAAUUCUUUGGUUUGGAUGAUGAUGAUGAAGUUCACAAUCAUGGUAUGGGAGCAUUCUCUGCUUUUAUGAGACAGCGGUUAGCUGAAAGAAACGACAUGAGGGGAAGAUCAGAGUCGGUUUUCGAGCUUAGCCCGGGAUUUGGACCACUAUUAGUAUUUGGUGGUCAAGUUCCAAUGAGAAACAGCAGGUUAGAAGCUCUCUUCAAUGGGGCUCCUGGCGUUGGCCUUACACGAGGCAAUAGCGGCGACUACUUUAUAGGCCCUGGACUGGAGGAGCUAUUUGAACAGAUUUCAGGAAAUGGUCAUCGCGGCCCUCCGCCAGCAUCUAGAUCAUCAAUUGAUGCAAUACCAACUGUUAGGAUCGCGCAACAACAUCUUCGCUCGGAUUCACAUUGUCCAGUUUGCAAAGAAAAAUUUGAACUCGAGUCCGAAGCUAGGCAGAUGCCCUGUAGUCACAUGUACCACUCAGAUUGUAUUGUUCCAUGGCUAGUCCAACACAACUCUUGCCCUGUCUGUCGCCAGGAACUGCCACCACAGGGAGUAGGGGUCGGGGUCGGGGGCGGGGGACAUAUCGCCAAUGGUCAAAACGAAAGCAGCAGCUACAACAACGGUAAUGGGUCCAGUGUGAAUCCGGGCAGACGCAAUCCAUUCUCUAAUCUGUGGCCAUUUAGGUCGUCUAGUUCAAGGACCAACCAUGGCGGAGCAGGGAGUAGUGAAGCGACGAACCACCAGAUGGGGUAUUCGGGAUAUCGAUACACUAAUUCACCAUGAAUUGAAGUAUGGAGAUGGUUUGUUUGUAGUAAAAAGGGGCGCCCUGGCUCUGUAUGAAGAUACACACAGGGUGCUGUAUUUUUUGUGCAAAUUUUGGUAUGUAAAUGACCUUAUAUUAUAAUUAGUAGCUGCUUAUUGCUUCUGCUGUUGUUUCCUUCA